AUGCCAGCCGACCCGGUGUCGCCGCCGCCGCGCGCCCGCCGCCACUCGCUGUCCGACGACGACGACAACAGCAGGCGCAACGACGGCGCCCGCGACAGGCACCGUCGGAAGCGCAGUCCUGACGACGACGACGGCAAGCACCGUCGCUCGCGCCGCCCCCGCGACGACAACGAUGACUCGGCCGCGCGGUCGGACGACGACGACGACAGCGGCGAACGCGCCGCGCGCCAGCGCCGCCGAGACCGAAGCCGGGAGGGACGACGUCGGAGCAAAAGCAGGAGCCGGAGCAAGCACAGGCACAGGAGCCGCAGCAAGGAUGCUGCGCGGGACCGGUACGAGAGGAAGCGCCGCUACGACGAUCGUUCGAGCAGUCAUCACCACCACCGCUCGGAGCGACGCAAGGAUCGCGACGGCUCGCCCCGCCACUCGCGCCGCAGCCGGCAUGCACGCCACGACCACCGUUCGCGCUCGCGCUCGCCCAAGCGCCGCCGCCCGUCGACCAGCGCCUCGCCGCCCCGCAAGCGCUCCGCCAAGCCGCUUCCCUCGCAGGAAGCUGCGUAUCGCGGCAGUGGCGACGGCUCUGGCGAGGCUGCCGGCGAGCCUGUCGUUGAGAAGCAGAAGCCGAAUUUCAAGCAGACAGGCCUGCUCGCACGCGAGGCGAACACGGUGGCCGGCACGGACAUCGUGCUGAAGUACAACGAGCCGCCGGAUGCGCGGAAGCCUCCCGCGCGCGACGACUGGCGGCUGUUCGUCUUUAAGGGCCAGGACUGUCUGCAGACGGUCGAGCUGGGGAGCCGCAGUUGUUGGUUGGUGGGGCGCGAGGCUGCUGUGGCGGAUCUGCUCGUCGAGCAUCCGAGCACCAGCAAGCAACACGCCGUGCUACAGUUCCGCCACACCACCCGGGUCAACGAGUACGGCGACAAGGAUGCGAGGGUCCGACCCUACCUCAUCGACUUGGAGAGCAGCAACGGUACGAUACUGAACGGGAAGCAAAUCGAGGCGACACGAUUUGUAGAAGUCAUGGACAAAGACGUCGUCAAGUUUGGGCUGAGCGAGCGCGAGUACGUCUUGAUGCUUGCGAAGGCAUGA